GGGAGGCACGGCGGGCCGGAGCGGGGGCGCGGCAGCCCCUCGUUAAUCGUCCGGUUUACUCCUCGGCUGAGGGGGGCUGCCGAGCCGGGGAAAUCGGCUGCCGGGAUUUCAGCAGCUUCCGCCGAGUUGCUGGGAAGAAAUUCCGCUGCCCGCUGGGUCCCUUUCUUGCCCCUCAAAGCGGGUGAGGCUGAGGCGCUGCAGGGAGGCUCGCGCUGCCCGACACGGCUGUGAACUGGCUGCUUCACCUCCCUGGGUGCUGCUUCUUUGCCACUGAGUUUGGUACCCGCAUUAAAAAAAAAAAAAAAAAAACAAAAAGAAAAAAAAAGGAAUAAAAAGAUUUGCUGUAUAACUUGCUUGGAAAGAAAAUUGCAACACAGUUUGAAAGACAUUUUUUAUUUUUUUUUCUUAAGAGUUAUUCUGAGUCUCUUCCUCUCUGCUUUAUGCAGGUGAAGCCUCUGGGAAAAGCUCUCCGGCAGAAGCAGCUCCCAAGGAGCCCCUCGGGCAUUUGCUAUGGCUGUACCUAUUGCAGUUCUUGACUGUGAUCUCUUGCUCUAUGGCCGUGGACAUAGGACAUUGGAUCGUUUCAAGUUGGAGGAUGUCACAGAUGAGUAUCUAGUAUCCACAUACGGCUUUCCCCGCCAGUUCAUUUACUACCUGGUGGACCUCCUGGGAGCCAGUCUCUCUCGCCCUACACAGCGGUCCAGGGCCAUCAGUCCAGAGACACAGAUACUUGCUGCAUUAGGUUUCUAUACCUCUGGCUCCUUUCAGACUCGCAUGGGGGAUGCAAUUGGCAUUAGCCAAGCCUCCAUGAGCCGCUGUGUUGCCAAUGUCACUGAGGCGUUGGUGGAAAGAGCCUCACAGUUCAUUCACUUUCCUGAGGAUGAAGCUACAGUACAGAGCCUGAAGGAUGACUUCUAUGGGCUGGCAGGCAUGCCAGGAGUACUAGGAGUUGUUGACUGCACCCAUGUGGCAAUCAAAGCACCAAACGCAGAGGACUUGUCCUACGUGAACCGAAAGGGUCUCCAUUCUCUGAACUGUCUGAUGGUGUGUGAUGCCAGAGGAGUCCUGCUGAGUGCAGAAACACACUGGCCAGGCAGCAUGCCUGACUGCACUGUGUUACAGCAGGCAGCCCUUACAAACCAGUUUGAAAAUGAGCUACAUAAGGACGGUUGGCUACUUGGUGACAGCUCCUUCUUUCUCCGAACAUGGUUGAUGACCCCUCUGCAUAUACCUGAGACACCUGCAGAAUAUCGUUAUAACAUGGCUCAUUCUGCCACUCACAAUGUCAUCGAACGGACAUUCAGAACCAUUCGAUCACGUUUCCGCUGCCUGGAUGGGUCCAAAGGCACCUUGCAAUAUUCUCCAGAGAAAUCCAGCCACAUCAUUCUGGCCUGCUGUGUGCUUCAUAACAUCUCCCUGGAACAUGGGCUAGAUGUGUGGUCUUCUGCAGCCACAGGACACAUGGAACAACCAGAAGAAGAAUAUGAGCAAAUGGAAUCAAUGGACUCGGAAGCCUGUCGAAUACGCCAAGAGCUUUUGCUUACUCAUUUUAGCUAAUAGAGUGGCAGCUGUUAAAGGCUGGUGUGAGAAUACAGGGGGCAAAUGGGCCCCUCCUCUGUAAGUUCAUAAAGACUGAGCAGUUCUGAGACAGGGAGAAAGUUUACUGACUUCAUUUCAGCGAGUAUUCUGAACUUUUCUUGAUCUCCUUGUAAAUGUCAUAUUUAAUUGUUAGAUUUUUUUGCUGUUGUGAUGCACAUAGGGUCCCUUUUUACCUGUUGCAGAGAACAGUGACAGUAAUGUGAGAUUAGAGGAGAGACUUGGGAAAUGGUCUUUGAAAAUUACAAAAAAUCUGUAAGAUUUGAACUAUUUUAAGAAGCACAACUCUAUGCCAGUUUGUUAGCUGAAACACUUAUAAUCCAUUUCUAAACAUCUCACACAAAUUAAACUUUCUUCUGUA